AUGGGUUCUUCAAGAUUUUCUUCCGGCUUCUACCCACCGGAAAAAUGGGUGGAGCAACCACUCCAAAUCUCCAAGUACUCCCGGAGUAUCAAGAAACCGCCGCUGCCGCCGUCUUCCGCCAUUCCCCGCCAGGCGAUCAUAAAGUACAAGGUGAAGCCGAAGAUCAUUCACGUGAAAACCCCCGCUGAAUUCAAGUACAUUGUCCAACUUCUCACCGGCAGCCCCAAUCAUCCGCCGCCCGAUCCUCUUGAUUCACCUGUACUCAGUCCUCGGACGCCGCAGUCGCCGCCGCAGCCUGACCCUGUUGAUGAAUCUGUCCUCAAUCCGCCGCCGUGUGAAGAAAUCAGCAUUUAUGAUUAUGACUGGGAGGAGCCUUCAUACCCAAUUCCUAUUCCUCCUGCCAAUUUCAAGAACAUUACAUCCUCUUACUAUCCUUAG